AUCUUUCUUGUUGGAAAGUCUGUGUUAAAACUUGAAAGAUUUAAUUUCCAGAAGAAGUUAAAACGUAACAAAAAAUCAUCAUGUCGCUAAAUGCCUUGCUCUCGAUGGUGGGACUAAAUACAUCAUCUUUUGACGGUGAAGAGAAACAUUCCUCGGAGGAUACGGAAAGGGACGUAUUAAUCGCUAAGGCCGUUACCAUGCUGGUUUUGUGUACUGUCAGCACGACUAUGGGUAUCGUACCGAUGUUUCUGGCCAAGUGGUUAAAGUGGGACAUGAACAAUCGAAACUCCAGAUCGAUGAAGACGGUGGGUAUUCUACUUGGCUUUGGCGGAGGCGUUCUCUUCAGUACGACGUUUCUUCACUUGAUACCAGAAGUCGAGGAAGGCGUACAGAACCUUAUUGAGUCUAACAAGAUACCCCAACUCAGCUUUUCACUGGCAGACAUGCUUGCAUGCUCCGGCUUUUUCAUCAUGUACCUGGUAGAAGAGUCUGUGCAUACAUAUCUCAGGAAGCGACAAAUGAUGAGACGAGAUACCAGCAAGAAGGACGUAAAUCUCAGCACGAACGAAUUGGUGGAAAACGGUCAAAUACAGCAGUGCGUUAGUAACGGUCACGCACAUACGGGCCACAGCCAUUUACCGGCGAUAAUGACUUCGGAUGAUGACUUCGUGAUAUCUUCGCUAAAAGGGUUAUUAAUAGUACUCGGCUUAUCCGUCCACGAAUUAUUCGAGGGACUGGCGAUCGGUUUAGAGAGCUCUGCCAAUCAUGUCUGGUAAUUGCAUCGCGAAUGCGUCUUAAUUCAAACCCUAAUUCAAAGCUCGUCUGCGCUCGUGCUCUAAAUUAACCGCUACAAAGGCGGAUUGUCAAA